GCGGCGCCGAGCCCGGGCCGGAGCGGGAGCCGGAGCGGCAGCGGCGGGGGCCGGGGCGGGGGGCGAAGAUGGCGAACGUGGGGCUGCAGUUCCAGGCGAGCGCCGGGGACUCGGACCCGCAGAGCCGGCCGCUCCUGCUGCUCGGGCAGCUGCACCAUCUGCACCGCGUGCCCUGGAGCCACGUCCGCGGGAAGCUGCAGCCCCGGGUCACCGAGGAGCUCUGGCAGGCCGCGCUGAACACACUCAACCCCAACCCCACGGACAGCUGUCCCCUCUACCUGAACUGUGCCACCGUGGCGGCCCUGCCCUCCCGGGUGAGCCGGCACAACAGCCCCUCGGCCGCGCCCUUCGUCACCCGGCUCGUGCGGACCUGCCUGCCGCCCGGGACCCACCGGUGCAUCCUGAUGGUCUGCGAGCGGUCGGACAUCUUUGCCUCAGCCUGCGCCCUGGCCCGGGCCUUCCCACUCUUCACCCACCGCUCCGGGACGUGGCGGAGCACGGAGAAGAAGACUGUCACCGUGGAGUUUUUCCUCAUGGGGCAGGACAACGGGCCGGUGGAAGUGUCCACCUUGCAAUGCUUGACCAACGCUGCAGAGGGCGUGCGGCUGGCAGCCCGGAUUGUGGACACACCUUGCAACGAGAUGGACACAGAUGCUUUCCUUGAGGAGAUUAAGAAAGUUGGAAAAGACGUGGGGAUCACCCCAACCAUCAUCCGGGAUGAGGAGCUGAAGACCCGAGGAUUUGGAGGAAUCUACGGUGUUGGCAAAGCCGCGCUGCACCCCCCAGCCCUGGCUGUGCUCAGCCACACCCCGGAGGGAGCCACGCAGACCAUCGCCUGGGUUGGCAAAGGCAUCGUCUACGACACGGGGGGCCUCAGCAUCAAAGGGAAGACCACCAUGCCGGGGAUGAAGCGGGACUGUGGCGGGGCCGCAGCCAUCCUGGGAGCCUUCCAAGCCGCCAUCAAACAGGGUUUCAAGGACAACCUCCACGCCGUGUUUUGCUUGGCGGAGAACGCGGUGGGGCCCAGCGCCACGAGGCCUGACGACAUCCACCUGCUGUACUCAGGAAAGACUGUGGAAAUCAACAACACCGAUGCCGAGGGCAGGCUGGUGCUGGCGGACGGCGUGUCCUAUGCCUGCAAGGACCUGGGCGCCGACAUCAUCCUGGACAUGGCCACGCUGACCGGAGCUCAGGGCAUCGCCACGGGGAAGUACCACGCAGCGGUGCUCACCAACAGCGCCGAGUGGGAGGUGGCCUGCGUGACGGCCGGACGCAAGUGCGGGGACCUGGUGCACCCGCUCGUCUACUGCCCCGAGCUGCACUUCAGCGAGCUCGCCUCGGCCGUGGCCGACAUGAAGAACUCGGUGGCGGACCGGGACAACAGCCCCAGCUCCUGCGCCGGCCUCUUCAUCGCCUCCCACAUUGGCUUCGACUGGCCCGGGGUCUGGGUGCACCUGGACAUUGCCGCACCUGUGCACGCCGGUGAGCGGGCCACGGGCUUCGGCGUGGCCCUCCUGCUUGCACUGUUCGGCCAGGCCUCUGAGGACCCCCUGCUGAACCUGGUGUCUCCGCUGGGCUGCGAGGCCGGCACGCAAGAGGGGGACGUGGAGAGGGACUCCAAGAGGCGCAGGCUCGUGUGACCACCAGCCCCUGCUCGCCCCAGCACGCGGCCCCUUUUACCUCACUUUGCACUGAUUUAUUUUAAGCAAUUGAAAGAUUAGACCUUAAAUGUGG